CCUCGCCUUCCAAGAAGGUUGUGAGCAUGGAGAUUCAAAACCCAUUUCAAAUAAGUUGGGACAAAACUGCUGCUCAAUCGUUCCACGAUUAUUUUUUCUCGAAAAUUUCCGCGCAUGGGAGUAAUUUGGCAAUUGUUGAUGUUGACAGUGGAAAACAAUGGAGAUAUUCAGAAAUACGAAACUGGUGUGAAAUGUGUGCGACAAGAUUAAAAGAGCUUCAGGUAACGUCUGGAAGUAGAGUAGCCGUAAUAACUGGAACAACCGGACAAGCGAUAUUUGUUCACCUUGCAUGCUCAAUAAUUGGAUGUUCUGCAGUCGCUGUAAACGGUUGGAAUGCAGUUGACGAAAUUUGGACGUUGGUUGACCUCUCGGAAGCCACCCAUUUGAUUGUUGAAAACCAAUUUAUGCAGAAGGCCGACGACGUUAGAAGAAAGGCUCAGAUGAGAGGAGGAGGACGUAUCAAGCAUGUUCGGCAAAUUGAAGACGUCCUGACAGCUGAGCGAAUUAAUGUGGACAGUGCACGAAAACGAUCAAUUGAUGUGAAACAAAAACCACCGCUCGUGAAAGAAAUGUCUUUGGCUAAGAUAAAUCUAACCCCAGUGCUGCCUGAAGAUAUAGCUGAUUUGACAUCGCCCGUGUCAGAAGUUUCUGGCCAAUCCAAAGAACUUAAUGGAGACGUAGAGAGUUCAGUUGUAGAUAGUGAAGAAGUGCAAACACCGAUUCAACAAGUUUCAGGGCAAAACCCUCUGUUGAUCCUAUUUACAAGUGGAACAACCGGACUUGCUAAGGCAGCUGAACUUAGCCAUCGUUCGUUGAUCAUCAAUAUUCAACAAAUCAGUUUACCGUUAUACGGGCCGGUUCAAACAAAAGAACGCUUUUUAUUACCCUUGUCCAUUGCUCAUAUCUAUGGAAUAGUUUCUGCCUACUACGCACUUAUCAAUGGAGCAAGUCUCUACCUUAUUUCCAAGCAGUCGAAUCGAUUGUUCAUGGAGACAUUAGUAAAUAACCAGAUAAACGUGAUGCAUAUUACCCCAGCUAUUGUACACUGGAUGGCAACUGAUGCAAUUGUGGACGAUUAUAAAACUCCGAAUCUUAGAAGUGUUCUUUGCGCGGGUGCGCCGAUUGACUCGAAUUCAGCUGCUGCAAUGAAAUCUCGCUUGAAUAUUAAAGACUUCCGACAAUCAUUCGGGAUGACCGAACUUGGAGGUAUCUGCACCAUGUCUCCGUAUCUAGAUGAAAAAAUUGAAUCUGUGGGAAAUCCCCUACCAGGAAUGCUGUUCAAAGUCGUGAAUUGGGAAACCAAGCAGCUGUGUCUCCCACGUCAACCCGGUCAGAUCAUUGUGCUCGGACCACAAGUAUCGCCGUGUUACUAUAAAAAUCCAAAAGCUACGUCUGAACUUUUUGAUGCAACUGGAUUUGUUAAAACAGGCGAUGCUGGGUUUUAUGACGAAGUUGGAAGAAUUUACGUACUAGAUCGAAUCAAGGACAUUAUCAAAUGCAAAGGAACUAUGAUUUGCCCCUCGGAAGUAGAACUUGUUUUACGAGCACAUGCUGGAAUAGAUGAUUGUGCAGUUGUUGGAAGACAGGAUCAUGUUACAGGAGAAGUUCCUGCAGCGUUUGUGGUGAAGAACGCUCAGCAUCCACUUUUGGCCUCCGCGGAAGUUCGGCAGUAUGUUUCUGGAAAAAUUGCAACUUUCAAAGAGCUGCGUGGUGGUGUGUUUUUCAUCUCGGAAAUUCCCAGAAGUGUAUGUGGAAAGAUUUUGAGACGAAACCUUCGACAAUUCUGGGAUCGAGAACGAACAAAUUCCAAAGUGGACAGUCUAACCAACAAAGAUGGAGCAAAAACAGCUGGUGCCGCGAAAGGAGCACCUGCAAAGAAAGUUAACGGCUCGACAACACCAUCGAGGCGUCCACCAUCUGCUGGAAGACCAGUGAAAAAAUGAAUGUUACUCUUAAUGCUUUGCUUUUUUUCCCAAUUUAGGAAUUGUUCACUUCAAAAAACUCCUGCUUGUGAAUUGGUUUUGCUUUGAUGAAAUUUAGAUCAAUGAAGUUUUAAUAUUUCAAAA